GAGGGAGUCACAUUAGAUAAACCUGUCAAACCUGGCAAAGGAUCAUUUGUAAAUGUGGGCAUUAAAAAGGAAGUUACAGUUGACCGUCACAUUCAGCCUGGGGUUAGAGUGACUGUAAAACUAACUGACAAUAUACAUUGCGAUAAGAAAAAACUGAAAGGUAUUAUAGUUCCACCCUCUACCCCUAAAUCUGAUGCUGGACUCUACUGGGGAUAUAAUGUACGUUUAGCAUCAGGAUUAGCUGAGGUCUUCUCAGGGUGCCCUUUUAAGGACAGUUAUGAUGUGUUAAUAGGAACAUCAGAGCGAGGGGAAAAUAUAGAUACUUUAGAAUUGAAAAAAUUUAAUCAUAUGCUGAUAGUGUUUGGUGGGGUUAAAGGUCUCGAAGCUAGCUUAGAAGCUGAAGAAAGUCUUCAUUUUGAUGACCCUGGUCUACUGUUCCAACACUACCUGAAUACCUGUCCUAACCAGGGUAGUGGGACUAUACGAACUGAGGAAGCUAUUCUUAUCACACUAUCAGCAUUGAGACCAAAGAUACA